GUCAAAUGAACACAACGUCAUGAGUGAGAGUGAUGUGGUCUUAGCUACGAAGUAGGUGUAUGAAGAUCUAUUAGAGGUGGAUUGGGUGAUCUUGAGCUCAUCUAUUAAAGGUGGAAGUCUCAGAUUCUUGAAUAGAUCCAUUGCUGUUUCAGACUGAUGAAGGAAAAAAAUGUAUAUUGAAGCAAAUACACUAGAAAAUGCACUUGUUGUAGCGCAGUGCUUGAGGGUGCGUGCUACUAACUAUUCUCUGAUUUCGUUUUACUCUUGUCCACUCGUUGUAGGGAGUCAAGGUACAGCUAUGAUCUUUUCGGUUUGAUUUUACUUGCUCGUCGUUGUCCCGCUCAGUAACACGCUUGGGAAGAGAGCCCUUCUUGCUCGUCUGCGAUCUGCUGUGUGGUCGCAGCAACAACAGUAUUGAUACCUGGAAUUCCGUGUCUUGCUUCCCAGCCUGUUCUGCAUCUUUCGCAUCAGGAGAACUGAAAGCCGAGGGCGAGUCGCAUUGGUGGUUGCGUGCGAAGUUUCCGAGUGUAGAGAAAGCUGUGUUGUAAUCGCAGUUGUUGCGGCAAGAAGUAGUUGCCGUUUUCUUUUUUAGAAAGCUCGUCCUGGCCGGCCUUGGUUCUUUACAGAUACCUUUACCUGCAGGGUCCUGAGCACGACCGAACGACUAGUUUCACCGGGGCUUUUGUUGGUGCUGGGCAUCGAAUCAAGCAAGAAGAAGAACUAGGGGAAAGGAUAUCAUCAACACAUCUACAUAUUAUAGUUGGACUUGGAGAGGGGCCAUGAGGUGCUGAUCAUUGAUCUUCAUCAACAUGUUGAGCAGAAAGACAACAAGGAUGGGGAGAAGAAUAGGCGUCGCGGUCGCUGUGGCCGCCCUUGCCGCAGAAAUGGUCGUCGCAACCGAUCAGAUCGUAGAGUCCUGUAUUUUGACGCGAGGCGAACUGAUGAAAAAGAACUUGCGGAAUGGAGCACACCCGAAAUUGAGACCUGAUAUGAUUAACGAUGGCUUCUGCGAUUGCCUGAAUGGUUAGCUGCUACUUUUUAUCUGUUUUUUCCUUGGGUGGUAUGAGUAUGACAAAAUUAUAGAAGAAUGCGGUUACGACGUUUUUUUUCAAAAGUUAGAUACAGUUGUAGGUUUUUGAGGACGGGGCUUAUCGCUUUUUCGCGGUAGAAAAUAUCAAUGUCAUCAAACUUAAAGUUGUGUGCAGAAUCAAGUUUAAGGGUUCAGAUGCCCGCUGUUAGUUAGUUAAUUUUUUUAACUGUCAGUUCAUGUUUUAGGUGGUUCAUCAGUAUAUCCAACAUCAGUGUUGCGGCGUGUCAUACCCCUGCAGGUGUGCUGACUUGCUCAUGGGGCCCCGCUGCGUCGGGUUGCGCCUUAGGUUUUCUACAGGGGCCGAAUGUACGGCCUCUUCGAUAGAUGUAGACUUGUGGCCGAUUGUACGGUCUUAUGCGCACCCAGUAUGUAAUUUGGAUGAUCUUAUAAAUAUUGGGUAAGUAAUUGGUUGAAAGGGUGGCAGCAUAUAGUCCUAACGCAAAAAAAAAAAAAAAACUACGGUGAUCAAGAAUGGUCAUAACAGGGACAUACACAUGACAUUCAGACGCCAUUGGUUCUCUAAAAAUUUUGAGGUAAUAAAUGUAAAAUCCAUACAUCAUAGGUUUAGACGAACCCGAAACGUCUGCGUGUGCUGGCCUAACGUCAGAAACAGUAGGAGAUGUGCAGCCAAACUUAUUUUUUUGCAAGAACGAAGGCGCAAAAUCCAAAUUUGUAUACAGCAGCCAAGUAUCAGACGGCAUUUGCGACUGCUGCGACACCAGUGACGAGCCGCCGGCACUGGGUGCCUCGCCUGCCUGUUCAAAUACGUGCCAGGAAGAAGGUACAAUUGCUAACCUCGUCGUUUAUGCUUAAUCUUUUUUGAAUUCGAUCCUCCUGCACGAACUAUUAGUAUUAACCUGCUCACAUCAGUUUCAGGAAAUCGAAUCUGAAUGUACCUUCUGACUUCAAUGUGAUUUGGCAGCCAGCAUUGCUACAGCAAGUGAAGGUCCACGACGUCAUGUUCUUUCCCGUAUCACGCAGGUAUUUCCUAUCGAGAGCAGCGUGCAGCACUAGAAAAAGAGGUUGCUGAAGCAUUGCAGAUUGUCGACAAACAUGAAGCAAGUGCAAAAGUGCAGGAACAGGAAUGGCAGGAGAAACUGGACAACCGGGAUGCUGCUUAUAACUUAUGCCAAGAAGAUCAUAGAACUGCUUUUAUCGACAUAAGACGUCACGGUCACACUCACAGCUACGAGGAACUGAUUGUUUUUUCUUAUUUUUGUUUGACGCUAGCCCCCAUAAGCUUCGCCCGGCUUCAAUUUUGGCACUACAUCGCCCACUGGCUACAGCUAGAAACAGCCCGCGGGCUACUUAGCUAGCGAAGCUCGACGCAUUAACUGCGACGAGAGCGCCAGCUCGCUACUGGUUGCCAGCGCACCGAAUUCGACCCAGAUACACUAACAUGCAGAGAGGUGGGCUGCCUUCAGGUUUUUUUAUUGGACUACCGAGGGGGCCACAGCAGCCGGCGCUUGUUUGUUUGUCGGGUCGAAGCCUUGCGCCGGGUCGACGCUUUUCGCUGGGCCGAUGUCUUUGCUUCGCCGGGCUGACGUCCCCCGGCAAGUCUUGUGUGGCGAGCGCCAGGGGCCCGAGCUCGGUGCCUUUGCGCGCUCUCUGUGUGUAUUAUUUUCUGCUUCUUUCCGCCUCAGUGCGCUGAAGCCGGCCCUAUUAGUGCGACGUAGUUCUCCGUCGAGGCCCGGGCGCCGCGCCCUGCAGUAGUGCAGUGCUCUACGGAAAUUAAUCUUGCUGAGUAUGGCCCCGCGUGGUACAAAGGGAAGAGCGCUCCGCCUUGGUUGGCUCCUCGUAGUUAAUAAGUAAUUUAUCUACCAGCUAAUCCGUUAUUGUACUACCCGGGCCCCGCAUACAACUCGCGGGCCGUCUGAACGCUGGAGUUUCCGCCAGACCUCCUAAACUAACUAACUAACUAACAAACUAACUAACUUGACGUUGGUCUAUCAAUGCCACUGAUCAAGAAUAUCUUACUCUUUAUUGACGUUUAUCAAUACCACUCCUCACGGAUCUCUCUGACCUUUUGUUCACUUCUCUCUGACGUGUAGUUCAAUUCGCUGCUUUUCUUGCCUGAGGCUCUUUCAUUCUUGGCACUAGUGGUUCAGAGGGACGACCUGAAAGUGACUUUCGAGGCGAAGAACAAGGCCUGGUUGGACGAAAAAGGUGAGCAGGAAGCGGCGCCCAGCGGCGAUGCGGAGACAUCAACGACAACGGUCGCACCACAAGCGGAUCAGGCGCAAGGGGACAAGGCCGCAGGAGCAUCAAAGGUACAGAGAUCUCAGAAUUGUCUGCUAACACAAAGGCUCUUCAUGUUCAGUCAUGCUCAGCUUGGAUACCCUCUAGCAAUCAUGAUAAUAGCUGCUUAAGAAAUAACGCGGUACGCGUGCGAUAAUUCCACCAGUUCUAUUUAUUGUUUUUUAUUCAGCAGGGAGGUUAUUAAGCUUAAGUAAUUCUACCAUGAGUUUAGGUAACAGUUCCUUUGUUUUAACUAGUCUAAGUAACAAUUCUUUUGUUUAACUACAGAAUACGGUAUCGGAGUAUGCGAAAUGGAUGGACAAAAAUGCGGGUGUCGAUCAUGGACAUGGAGAGAAGGACCACGAGGAUGACGAGGGCGAACACGAUAGUGAUCAUAACGAGCACGAAGGCGAGGGCAAUGAUGAUCAUUAUGAUGACUCUCCUACUUAGUUGAACUUGAAAUGAUUAUAACACACAUUAGAUAGAUGUACGGUAUCAACAUCUACAAGUUAGUAUACAACAUUUUUACCUCCAGGACGAGGUAUCGUCAUGUUGAAGAUAUUGCAGAGGUACAGGACGUUCUACUAUGUGUAUGUAUAUGAUUGAAAUUCUUGAACAAGAAGUGUCCGAAAGUAACAAGACGACAAAAAUCAACUAUGCGUCUCCUUCAUGUCUGCAAUGGGGAGAACAGCGGUCAUGCCAAGAGCCCUGCUGAGCAGGCAAAGAUUGACGCUUGGAAGGCCUACCAAGAUGCAGUUCGAAAGGUCGACAAUUUCGAUGCAGAGGAAGAGGAUUUGCGAACGAAAUUAGAGGUCCUGCGAAAGCAUCGCGCUUUUUACUCUCUUCUAGACCGCUGUCUGGAAACGCACGCGGCGCAAUACAGGUUCAUAAAAUGAGUGCCGUUUCCCAUGCAAAUCAAGAUCGGACAUUUUUUCAUGACCCGUUGACUUCGCGUUAAGUAGUAGUUCCAUCACAAUUACUCUUCUCUCUCAACAAAUUACACAGGUACAAGGUGUGUUUCUUCAACGAGCAGGCGCAGCAGGACCAUACGCGACUGGGCCGUUUCUCGCACUUUGAAGGCGACAACAAAAUGAUUUUUACUGGCGGCGACAUGUGUCCGGGUGGUCCAGAGCGAAAUCUGCAUGUACAGAUCUUGAAGAAACAGACUUUGAAGAUUUUCGUCGUGUGAUUAAAUAGUAAAUAAAUAUUAAAACUUUUGCUUUGUUUUAUUCGGCAUCAAUGUGUACCUCUCUCGUCUUGAUGACCUAGUUGAAGCUAGUGACUUCUGGUUGAAAAAACACUAGAAAAGCAGGUCGAGAAAACCCUUAUCGAACCUCUAAAUCGAUCCUCCCUGCAAAGGUGUACCUUCAAUGCGGGAAGGAGGAGAGGAUUCUGGGUAUCGACGAGCCAGACCGUUGCGUGUAUCGGGCUAAGCUAACCCAUCCUGCACUCUGCAAAGCAGCGAGUCUCGCAAAUUCCGAGACGCCCGACCGCCCGGCUAAUUACGAGCUCUAGUGGAGUCUAUUCGACGAGCGAAUUUUUGAAAUGUACGAAGACUCACGCUGAGCAUCAUGACAAUCUCCUUUAUUGAAUCAAUUGCUUUGACCAUAAUGUACUUGCAUGUCGAUGUAGAGAUGCGCAAGAAUAUGCAAUGGUUUGGUGUUACAACGUCCCGAGCAAACCACAGAGACAGUUCGAUGUCAUACAAAUAAAGAUGUCAUCAUAGAAAAAGGAAUGAUGAGCACAUUACUGGUAACACGGUCCAUGGUCAUACGACCUAGCGUCCUCAUGCUUCCCGGGUGCGAUCACUAAGAUAGUACCAACAGCAGGUAGGGGAGUCACAUGUUGAUAUCGCCAUGGUGCUACUCCUCUCCCUAUCAGAGACAAGUUUCUUCAGGACAAAGGACGGCACGCAGGGAGUAGUUUUCAGAAUCAAAUGCUAUUUCGAAGUUGAACCUAAUUAUUUAUGAAUAUAGCAAUAGCUGAUGAAUUGAGGGGUCGCGGAAAGCGAGUCAAAUCAUAACGGCGCUCAUGCUCCUCGAGUGAGUAGCUGCAUCAACUCUGAUCAGGGUCUUUUACAGCGGUGCUGCAAGGUCGGCGGGAG